AUGGAAACGGGGAUCGCGCUGGUUAGGUAUGAGGAUGCUUGCAAAUGCCUGAAGCAGACAGUGGAAUUGUACCAAUCCGUUGGCGACACAAACCAGGUCGGAAGGUCAACGCUGUGUAUGGUGUUGAUUCGUCUGAUGCAAGGUGAUCCAGUCGAGGCUGCCAAACUCUGCCAGCACAACGUCGUCGUUUCUUCAUCUGACAGCGUUUACGUACCCGUGGUGAGAGCGCUGGUUUCUGCCAGUGAGGAUCAGAACUUCGAACGAAUGAAAGAGGUGCUCACUUGCCAGACCGUGAGGAUGCUGGACAGCGAGAUUUUGCAACGACUGGUGGAGUGUUUCCGCGAGCUGCCUGUCGAGCAGUUGUCAGCCGCGAUCGACCUCGUUCGAGGUAACCUCGAGAGCAUGCGAGCAAUUCUGAAAGAGAAAGUCAGCAACGACGCCUUUGACUCAGUGACCCUGAUGGCGGAAGGGAUGAUAAAGGAAGCUUAUUACGACUUCUUAGAAUGCGGAAGUCCCACGAACUCCGCUGUCUCGCCGAAGACACCGAUGCUGUCCCCGUUAUACCCGCCGUCGCUUUCUCUGCACUCCGAAGACUGUGACCUGUCGUUGGAUGUGUCGGCCUUCAGCUCUGCAGCGGGGGUCGAAGAACGUACGGAAAAUAUGGUUCUUGACCUGCUUGAACAGCGUCUUACAAGCCAGAGCCAACCGUGUGAUCGCGAAGAGACAAGCGUGCUCAUGUCUCUAAUGGACGCUGACUCACUGCCUCACGAUUCACCCUCCUCAAACUUCACCAAAAACUUUCAAGCAUUACCUCCAGACGUUGGACAGCCAACCGCCGUUUCUGCCCCUACUCCAAGUCACAACGCCGUGUACGUGUGUGAAAUCUGUGGUUUCACCAGCCGCCAUCGACAGAGCUUGUACCGGCACCGGAAGCUGCAUAGUGGAGAGGGAGACGAACGCCGCUUUUCUUGUGCCUUUUGUGCAAAGCGCUUCAAAACGUCCUCGGCUCUGCAUGAACAUCACUCGUACGUACAUACAAAAGUGCGGAAGUUCGUUUGUCCAUUGUGUUCUCAGGCGUUCAUCGAACGGAAAGACGUCAAUCGUCAUGUUAAGGUGCAUUCGUGCAGAAUGCGCUGA